CCUUCUCCGGGAUGAAACAGCAAUCAGUGCGUUCUUCUGUCCAUGGUUACGAACAAGAGACAAGAAUUUCCUUUUCAAAAUCAUAGGUAGCGUUCAACUUCCGAAAAACUGAAAGGCCGGUGUCAUGUACAUAACAGAGCCCUCCACGAUUCCAUGGCCAUGCAUGACUGGCCAGCAACCACUUGUUCCAAAUUAGAAGCUGCCACGGCACCACCGGGGCUACGAUUGGGGAUUUUAAGCUUCGCAGUUUGAAAGUUUUCGCGGAGUUUGGAUCGCUUCAUGGCCAACGUGAGCAGUAUCGUAGAUGGUUUGCGGCGGAGCGAACGCAAACAAAUUCCCUUCCAUCUGCUCUACGAUCACAGGGGCUCGGAGCUCUACAAGAAGAUCACGGAGCUGAAGAGCUACUACCCUUUCGAGGCUGAGAAGGCUUUGUUCCAGAAGCAUGCACUCGACAUUGCUGGACAGAUUGCCCCCGGCAGCUUGAUUGUCGAAUUGGGAUGUGGUGUUGCUGACAAGACCGCUCUUCUCCUCAAUGCGAUCCUCUCCAAGCAUCAGAGGUGCCAUUACGUUGGUAUCGAUGUCUCCCGGACUGCGCUGGACGAGGCCGAGUCUUCAAUGGAAAAGAGCGAUGAUCUCGAGCUGGAGCUUGUUCAUGCCGAUUACUUGGAAGGGCUGGAGAUGGUUCGAGAGAAGUAUCCAGACAGACUCAUUUGCAUCCUCUGGCUUGGAAGUAGCAUCGGGAACCUCUCGCAAUCCGAAAGCGGUGACUUCGUUGGUCGAAUGCUCAAGAUAGUUGGGUCCCGGUGCCAGUUUUUUCUCUGCGUCGACCUGUGGAAAGAUGAGGCCACUCUGCGAGCAGCUUACGAGGAUAAGCAAGGCGUUACUGGAAGUUUUAUAAAAAAUGGCAUGAAGCACGGGCUGGAGCUUCUCGGGCAUUCCGUAUCUGAUGACGAGGUUCACGAAGAUUGGGAAUACGAGGUACAGAUCAAUAGCAUGUCCCGCCAAGUUGAGAUGUACGUUCGUUUUCUCCGAUCACUCUGUCUAGUCGAUCACGACAUCGAAAUAAGUAAAAACGAGAGAGUCCUGGUCGAGAUCUCGAGAAAGUUUACAGUAGAGGACGUAUUGCAGCUCGUCAGUCAGCUCGGCUUUGUUUGCCACGCCAGGUGGACGUCGAAAAGCUAUGGCUGCUUUAUGAUGCUUUCUUGUGAGGAGGCCGCAAUCAGGUGUUGGACGGACACAGACAAGCUGUUCAAAGGCGUCGGUGAUUGGAUGUCCCAACCGAUCUCAUAUCGUCACCCAUAUUGUUUCUACUAUGGCCACGUAACAGCUUUCACCAUCAUCAAGCUGCUCAAGGAUGAGCCGGACACGGGUCUCAACCUUGUCUUCUCGCGCGGAAUAGAUCCCUGCAUGUUGGACCCCAGCCGCUGUCACAAGCAUCCGGAAACUCCAGCCCAGUGGCCGGACAAGGAGACGCUCAGGAAAUAUACCAUGGAUGGCCGAGCCCGAGUCCUGGAGUACCUGAGAGACGGCAACCCGGACGUGCGAUGCCUCUGCCUCGUCCUCGAGCACGAGCGAAUGCAUCAGGAAACCAUGGCCUACAUGCUAGCCCAGGAACGCAAGCUCCAGUUCGAAGCUCCUCUUCUCAUUCCUCCUCACGAGCUCGGGCUCGCGGACGGGAACGGGACUUCAAAGCCGGCAGCUACCGACGUCUUCGUCUCCAGAGGCUCCGUCGUGCUGGGAAGCGAUCCAAUUCCCGGAGUCUUCCGCUUCGACAACGAGGAGCCGUCUUACAAGACUCAAGUGGAGCACGACUUCUGCAUCAGUUCCAUGCCAGUUUCGAUCGGGGAGUUUAUGGUCUUCGUCCAGGACGGGUGCUACAACAAGAGAGAACUCUGGCAGGAAGACGAUUUUACGUUCCUGGAGAGGAGUGGUCACAAGUUUCCUGCAACUUGGUCCUGCUCCCAGGGGGACUAUUACGUACACUUUCCAUACAAGACGCUCUCCUGGAUCGAAGCUCGUCACCAGCCUGUUUACGUGAGCCUGAUGGAGGCCGAGGCUUUUUCCAAGUGGAUGUGUUCCAGAGUGAUGACCGAGGCUGAGUAUCAGCGAGUUUUGGACGAGGAGUUUGCGAGGGAGGAGCAGAGGGUGAAGCAUUUGAAGGAUGGAGGAUGGGAGUGGACGAGUUCGCUACUAGCACCGUUUGAAGGGUUCACGAGCAUGGAAGAGUACCCGGAGUAUUCGACGGACUUCUUUGACGGCUUGCACUACGUCCUCAAGGGGUCAUCUCCAGCAACACAUGUCUCACUGCUGCGGGAUUCCUUCCGAAAUUUUUAUCAGCGGCAGUACCCGUAUGCUUUUGCCAAAUUUCGGCUGUGCAAAUCGUCACAGUGAUUCCUCCUAUAAAAUUACUCCUAUAAAAUAAAGGAAGAAGUUUUCCUGUUUA